AGCAGUUCUUAAGGCCAGUUUCCACUUAAACGAAAGCGGUCGAAUCGAUCGAUUUCGAUCGAUAUCGAUCGAUUUCACACAUGCGCAGAUAGCAUGCCGCGGACUCCCCCUCGACCGCUAUCGACCGCUGUCGAUCGAAUUCGAUCGAUUGAAAAGUUCAAAUCAAUUGAACUUUUCUGUCGAUCGAAUUCGAUCGAUAGCGGUAGACAGGUAUUUGAACCAAUGAGAUUAAGUAUAUUUUAGCAUGUGAUCAAGUUACUAGGAAAUCAGGAAGUGGAAAAAUCAACAAAAAUCUAUGAAUAGGCAGGCCAACUUGAAAUACGUAAAUGCCACCAAACAUUUUAAUUCAAAAAGGGGAACUAACGCAAUAUUAGAUUAGGCGUGUCUUCCUAGACGUCAGAAUGAGUCAAUCCAAGCAAUUAAGAGCUACUAGAAAAAUGGUGCUACGGCCGUAUGAUUUUAUUUGUAAACAACAUAAUUUUCUAGUAUGGCUUCCAACGUUCCUUAUUCUAACGAAGAGCUAAUGGCAUUAUUUACCAACAUGCAAAAUCAAAGCAGGGUACAAGUUAACUGGCGAACAGGGGCAGCUUCUGCCGAAACAGAGGCCUCAGCAUUGGUCGAUGAUGAAAAUUCAGCUGUUUACUUAGCUAAUGUUACUGAGGGCAGUGAAGACGCUGACAGAAGUUUUGAUGAAAUGUUUGUUGAAGAUGUACGGUCGUACAAAUGCAUAUGGGACACUAGCUGCAGGGGUUUCAAAGAUACCCAGAUGAAACAGAAAGCUUGGGAGGAAAUUGCGGAAAAGUAUGGGAGGAAUGUUGAAGAUUUAAAGAAGAUUUGGAAAAACUUCAAAGAAAACCUUUCCAAAUGCUUAAAAAAGAGAGAUUUGAUGACACGAUCUGGUGCUGCUGCAAGCUCACUGCCUGAAUGUAAGCUUUUUCACCAGCUACAAUUUCUUAGGGAUAAAGUAACAAAUCGGCCUACAGUCAGCAACUUGCCACAGGAAAGUGCCCCUACGCAAGAAAUUCUCGGAAAAAGCUUGGCAUCGCCUGUUAGUCCUGUCCCUUUUGCCCCAAGUCCUGCAUCAAGCCUGGAAUCGAUGAGCACUAUACCUGGGAAACGAAAAAGAAAAGCCACAACACUACCUCAAAGAAAACUAUUAAUUUCAGAUGAUGAGCAUCCCGAUAAACUUUUAUACGAAGCAUUAAAAGGAGAAAAUAGAGUAGAAGUUGAUGCUGACCAGAGUUUCGCAAAUAGUAUUGUUCCAAUUUUAAGGAACCUCCCUCCAAGAAAGAACAGACAAGCCAAAAUAGAAAUUCAGCAAUUGUUGCUUAAAUAUGAAUUUGACGAUGAUGAGUUCUAAUCCGCAAUUUUACAGUAAUUUAUUUUAGAAACACGAUAUGAAUUUUAUUUUAAAAUAUAUUUUACAAUCGUUGUAUUAAAAGAAAUAGCUUUAAUCAAAUGUCAAAUGGAUCUGCUGUUCUAGUUAUUCUGUCUUUCUGCCAAUCAACUGAGCCUGCUUCUGAAUUGAAAUAGUUUUUAUAGUUUUCCCGAACCUGACGAGCAUCUCUUGAAUAAUUAUGCGAGGCAGCAUUUCUGAUUGGUAAUAACCCAUCGCAGAUAGAGUCCAGAUUUUUCCAGUCUCCUUCAGCAUAGCCUUGUGGGCAAUAGUUGCUUACUUCUCCAAAUUUUCUCCCAAACAUAAGGUAAUUAUGAAGGGCAACCACGGCUUUUGUAAUCGAAACAACUGUCUCAACCUCUGCAAUUAUUGGCCUUCUAAAAAUUCUAAAUCUCGAGGCACAUAUACCAAAAACAUUUUCCACUUGACGCCUAGCUCUGGAAAUACGGUAGUUAGUGAUUUGCUCCUCGGUACCCAUCGCAUUUCUUGCAUAUGGUUUCAUUAGGUAAGGCUUUAAAGGAAAUGCCUCAUCUCCAACGAAAACAUACGGAAAAAAAUCAUUAGUCCCUGGCAACAUUCUAGCUUUAGGGAGUUUCAACAAACCAUUAUCAAUAGCAAAACCAAGCUUGCUUGCUGCAAAAACUCCUCCAUCACUUUGUCUUCCUGAAUCUCCGAUGUCGAUCAUUGUAAAUUCGUAGUUGGCAUUCACAACAGCCAUCAAUACUAUACUGUGGGUCUUUUUAUAGUUAAAAAAGAAUGACCCACUGCGGGCAGGGGCUUGCAUAACAACGUGCUUUCCAUCUAUUGCACCAACACAGUUUGGAAAGUUCCAU